AGCCUGACCAUCAUGGCGCCCCGCGAUUGAUAAUGUGGGCAUAGGAAAAUAUUUGCAGAUUGAGCAUUUUCCAGUCAGGACAGGGGAUCUCUUUAAAAAAGGUAUUAAGUGGGAAGAAAAUUUUACGACAUUAUGGCUGACGAGGCAGCAGCAAACGAGCUGAGAUGGACUACCCUGUUUGACAAUAUGCAGGCCAAAGCUAAGGCUGCUAUGGAGAAGAACAAGCCGAAGUCUAAAGCUGCUGAUGCUGGGGGAAGGGAUUUCGCCCCAGAGAUGAUGGAGAUGGCAGCUGAGAAUCAGGGGAAGAAGGGGAGCAACAAGAGACUGUCUGUUGAGCGAAUCUAUCAAAAGAAAUCUCAGCUCGAACAUAUUCUGCUGCGUCCAGACUCGUAUGUCGGUUCUGUUGAAGCUGUCACGCAGCUUAUGUGGGUUUAUGAUGAAGUGAAUGACAGUAUGGUCCAAAGGGAAAUCACAUUUGUACCAGGACUGUACAAGAUCUUUGAUGAAAUCAUGGUGAAUGCUGCUGAUAAUAAACAGAGGGAUGCAGGCAUGAACUGUCUGAAGAUAGACAUUGAUGCAGAAAACAACAAAAUCAGAAUUUGGAACAAUGGGAAAGGUAUUCCUGUGAUUGAGCAUAAGACCGAGAAGAUGUAUGUCCCCACCAUGAUCUUUGGUCAUCUCCUGACCUCCAGUAACUAUGACGAUUCUGAGAAGAAAGUCACAGGUGGCCGUAAUGGUUAUGGUGCCAAGUUGUGCAAUAUUUUCAGCAAGAAAUUCAUUGUUGAGACAUCUUGUAAUGAAUACAAGAGAGGUUUCAAACAGACAUGGACAGAGAACAUGACAAAAACAAAGGAACCAACAAUUACUGAUGCCAGAGAAUCUGACUUCACAUGCAUCACGUUCUUCCCAGACUUGGAGAAGUUCAAGAUGCAGAGUUUAGAUGCUGACACUGUUGCUCUCUUCACCAGACGGGCCUAUGAUGUGGCUGCCUCCUGCAAGGGGGUCAGGGUUGUGCUCAACGGAAAACGAGUACCGGUGAAGAACUUCAAGGACUACAUUGACCUGUUCAUCAAGGACAAGUCAGAUGAAGCAGGAGCCCCUCUAAAGAUAGUUUAUGAACAACCCAAUCCCAGAUGGGAAGUUGCCAUCACUCUCAGUGACAAGGGCUUCCAACAGGCCAGUUUUGUCAACAGUAUUGCUACAACAAAGGGUGGUCGACAUGUAGAUUAUGUCACUGAUCAAGUUGUGUCAAAAAUCAUUGAAAUCGUCAAAAAGAAAAACAAAGGCGGAGUCAACAUCAAACCAUUCCAGAUCAAGAACCACCUGUGGGUGUUUGUGAACUGCCUGAUAGAAAACCCUACAUUUGACUCCCAGACAAAAGAGAACAUGACAUUACAAGCUAAAAGCUUUGGCUCAAAGUGCCAGAUGAGUGAAAACUUUAUCAAACAGUCCAGUAAGUGCGGUAUUGUGGAGAGUGUCCUCAGCUGGAUGAAGUUCAAGGCUCAAGCUCAGCUCAACAAGAAGUGCCACUCCUCCAAACACUCCAAACUGAAAGGCAUCCCCAAACUCGAUGACGUUAAUGAUGCCGGCACCAAGAAUUCUAAAGAUUGUACUCUCAUUCUCACUGAGGGAGACUCAGCCAAAACCUUGGCUGUAGCUGGCCUCGGUGUGAUUGGGAGAGACAGAUAUGGGGUGUUCCCCUUGAGGGGUAAAGUCCUGAAUGUAAGGGAGGCCACUCACAAACAGAUCAUGGACAAUGCUGAGAUCAACAACGUGAUUAAAAUCAUGGGCUUGCAGUUCAAGGAGAAGUACGAAAGCAUGGAUGCCAUCAACCGUCUGCGAUACGGCAAGAUCAUGAUUAUGACAGAUCAGGAUCAAGACGGUUCUCACAUAAAGGGCCUUCUUAUUAACUUUGUACAUCACUUCUGGCCCAACCUCCUCAAGUUCAAUGUCAUCGAGGAGUUUAUCACACCUAUUGUCAAGGUUACAAAAAGCAAACAGGAGAAAUCUUUCUACAGUUUGCCCGAGUUUGAGGAGUGGAAAAGGGAGACUGACAACUGGCACACCUGGAAGAUAAAGUACUACAAAGGUUUGGGAACCUCCACAUCGAAGGAGGCGAAGGAAUACUUCAGUGACAUGGAGCGUCAUCGGAUCCCGUUCAAGUACGUUGGGUCAGAGGACGAUGCUUCUAUCAACCUGGCAUUCAGCAAGAAGAAGAUAGAGGAGAGGAAGGAAUGGCUGACCAAUUGGAUGGAGGAGAGAAAGCGCCGAACAGACAUGGGAUUACCUGAGUUGUACCUGUAUAGCAAGGACACCAAGAAAGUUAGCUUCAAUGAGUUCAUCAACCGGGAACUGAUUCUCUUCAGCAACAUGGACAAUGUGCGCUCCAUCCCGUCCCUUGUGGAUGGCCUGAAGCCUGGACAGAGGAAGGUUCUGUUCACUUGUUUCAAGAGGAACUUGGUGAAGGAAAUCAAAGUAGCUCAACUUGCCGGCUCGGUUUCUGAACAAUCUGCCUAUCACCAUGGAGAGGUAUCACUCAUGGGCACAAUCAUCAACUUAGCUCAAAACUUUGUGGGUUCAAACAACCUGAAUCUGUUGCAACCCAUUGGUCAGUUCGGUACCCGCAUCCAUGGCGGCAAGGAUGCUGCCAGCCCCCGUUACAUCUUCACUGCGCUCAGUCCUUUGGCUCGCCUGCUAUUCAGCGCUCACGAUGACCCGUUGUUGAAGGCUCAGUUUGAUGACAACCUGAAGAUCGAACCUGAGUGGUACUGUCCGAUCAUUCCCACCGUUCUCUGUAACGGAGCAGAUGGUAUCGGAACAGGAUGGAGCACCAGGAUCCCUAAUUACGAUGUUCGAGAGGUUGUUGCCAAUGUGAAGAGAAUGAUUGAUGGCCUGGAACCAAGGAACAUGUUGCCGUCCUACAAGAACUACAGAGGAAUUAUUGAAGAAAUUGGUGAAGGCCGUUGCUUAGUUUCCGGGGAAGUAGCUAUUAUAGAUGACCAAACAAUAGAGAUUACUGAGCUGCCAAUCAAAACAUGGACCCAGAACUACAAGGAGGAUGUUCUGGAGCCCCUCCUGCACGGCACGGACAAGACACAACCGUUGAUCACAGACUACAAGGAGUACCACACUGACACCACAGUGAAGUUUCUGGUCAAAAUGUCCUCUGAGAAGCUGGCACAGUCUGAGGAAGCAGGGCUUCACAAGGUGUUCAAACUGCAGAAUCAGAUGUCCACCAGUUCUAUGGUGUUGUUUGAUCACAACGGUUGUAUUAAAAGAUACUCCAACUCUGUUGACAUUCUCAAAGAAUUCUUUGACAUUCGAAUGGAAAUGUACAAAAGGAGAAAAGAUUACCUCGAGGGGAUGUUGGCUGCAGAGUCUCUUCGGCUGGACAACAUUGCACGAUUCAUCAUUGAAAAAAUCGAGGGAACCAUUGUUAUUGAAAACAAACCUAAGAAGGAAAUUAUCCAGGUGCUGGUGAGGCGAGGCUACGACUCCGACCCAGUCAAGGCAUGGAAGGAAGCUCAGAACAAGGGCAAGCCAAACACCAGAGGGGAAGCUCAGGAAGACGACGAUUCGGAUUCUGACGUCUCCUCCGGCCCUGACUUCAACUACAUUCUCAGCAUGCCGCUGUGGAACCUGACAAAGGAGAAGAAGGAUGAGCUCUGCAAGCAGCGGGAUGCCAAGGCCCAUGAGUUGGAGAAGCUGAGAAGGAAGUCUCCAUCAGAUAUGUGGGAGGAAGAUCUCGAGGCUUUCCUGCAGAGUUUAGAUGCUGUGGAGGAACAAGAAAGGUUGGAUGAAGAGGUUUCAAAGAACGUCAAACCCAAAGCAAAGCUUGGCAAGACAGGCAAGGCCCGCAGGAUGCCAAUUCAAGAGACAAUGCCAUCUCCCAUGGGGCGCCGUGUUGUGCCGAGGGUUGAUUCAGCAAUGAAGAUAAAGGCCACUAAGGAUGCUGCCAAGAAGAGUAGAAUGAAGGAGAGGAAGGAGCUGAAGCUGGAGGAUGAUGACAUAGACAUCAAGAUGGAGGAGGAUGCGGAGCCCAAGAGUCUGGCAGAGAGACUUGGUGCCACCAAGAUAAAGAAGACGGCAGCAUCGCGGGCUCCAGCAGGAGAAAACACAGCAAAAGCUCGCAAACCCAAGAACAGUUCCCCAGGAACUCCGAGCAAGAAGAAGAAGGGUGGGAAAAAGAAGAACCCUUGGUCUGAAUCUUCUGCAUCAGAGAUGAGUGAUAUGGACAGUGAUGUGGACAAUGAUGAAGGCGAAAGCUUCAUCGUGAUACCAAGGGACCGUGGACCCAGACGUGCAGCAGCUGUCAAGGUGAAGUUCGAGAUGAGUGAUGAGGAACAGAUCCACAGUGAUAGUGGUGAUGACAAUGUUGUGAUGAACGGGGCCAGUGAACCUGUAGCUGCACGGAGACCGUCCCCAAUCAUUUCAGAUGACGAUGACGACGAUGAUGAUGACAGUUUCAAGCCCACAGAGUCAACCGUCUUUGGGCAAUCCCACAGAGCACCGGAGCGUGCAAAAGAAAGCCCUCUAAUAACAGCCGACUUCUCGGACAGUGAUGACGACAAGGCCAACCUCCAGCCAUCAGCUCUUAAGUGGGGCACCUCAACAAAUUCAAGACCUAUGGUAAUAGACAGUGAUGACGACGACGACGACAAGGAUGACAUAUUUCCACCAAAGCCAAAAGAACCUGUUGCUAAGAAACCCAAGGCUGCCGCUAAGCCCAGAGCUCCUAAGAAAGACAAGAACCAGCCUAGUGUAGAGAGUCUGUUUGAUAAAGUCAUGUCCAAAAGUGCAGCAUCAAAAGCAAAGAGUAAAUCGAAGAUACUGACAAUAAGCAGCUCGGAGGAUGAAAGUGUCUUCCCCGCAGUGGAGAAAGACAAGGCUGAUGGAGAGAAGAAACCAAAGAAGCCAAGGAAGAAGAAAGACCCUGACAGUGACGACAAGCCAAAGAAGAAGAGAGCGGCAGUACCUAAACGUUCAAAGAUGACUUCUGAUGAAGAAAUGGAUGAUUUUAUGCCUAAGAAAAGGUCUAAGACGUCAAAGAAAAAGAAGGAUUCCAGUGAUGAAGAAGACUUCGACCUGGAUGAAGAUGAAGUUUUCCCAAGUGCACCAAGAACAACUACAGGCCGUGCACGGAGUUCCGUGAAAUACACAUUUGAUAGUGAUGAAGACAGUAAUUUCUAAAACAAGCUGCCCUUCAUUUGAUGACAUUACGCUGUAAAAUGCGAAAUGGACGCUCGAAGCCUCUCAAAGGCACUAAAACAGAUGGAUUCACCAUCCAAACUUCAAGCCUUAAGACUACUUUACAAGGAACUUCUGGUUAAUGAGAUUGUCAGAGCCUUGAAUGAAUCCAAGGUCAAAGGUGUAAGAGAAAGUCAAUGACAGUAGAGGGUGUAAUCUCAGCAAACAUUUGUAAAUUGAUUUUUUACAUUUCUAGUCUGAUUUUUAUUGAUUCCUUUAAAAGGAAUACCUGAUCACCCUUUUAAUUGUUUGAUUGACAAUGAAUGUUCCUUUAGUAAAUUGACUUUGACUCUCCAAUAUUAAUUACCAUUUUAGAAUUGAAAAGAAUUAUCUUAAUGACACAUUACCUAAGUAUUGAUUGAUUUUUAAAAAUAGUUUUAACAUUUUAUAUCCAUAGCAUUGUGAACUGGUAUCUCACAAUCCCUUUGUGUAGAGGUAUCAGGAAACAUACUUAUGUAAUUUCGAAAAGAAUUUUAUUUCUGUCUUGGUGUCUGUAAAUAAUAUCAGUAAAUCCUUUUGCUGAUGGAAUAUGUACAUACAAUAAGUAUUUACAUUGAAGUAGAAUUUAGUUUCACCUUCACCUAUGUACACUACAGCAAAAACAUGAACUGGUUUAAGAAUGACUGUUAUCACUCUUAAUCAUAAAGUUUUACUUCAACAAGCAAACAAACUUACUGAAAUAGUCCUAAUCAUAUAUUUUGGUCCAAGUUGGAAGACUUGACAGUAUUGUAUCUCUUGAUUGGUGAUAAUGUGGAGAUAUGAGCUUUGUACCAUACCACUUUUCUACUUACUGUCAUCUGUUGUGUGCGCCUUCAUUGUAUAUUCAAUAAUCUAGGUCACACAUUUCAUUCAUCAGUGGGUUUUAUUUCUGUUUCAUUUUGUCAAUUUGGGGUUUAUUUUUUGUAAUCAAUUUCAGCAUUACAAAAAAAAUAGCACUAUUUUGAAUGUUUGUAGUAUUUUGAUUUUUGCUGCUAGUGACGAAUGUUUACCUUAAUCUGUCAUUUCUCUCUCUCUCUCUCUCUCUCAUGUCUAUUUCUGGUUUCUUGACACCUGUCACUACUGUUCAUCGGCCAUUGUUAAUAUCAUGUACAUGUCGUCAGUGUGUCAAAGCUUUUACACUGGUUUCUCAUCCUUCUCAGUAGACUUUCUUUGUAAGCAUUUUAAUCCAUUGAUUCACAGUUUAAAUUUGAACUCAUUAUUCAUUGUUAAUAUCCAUGCUAGUAUUAAACAGUCUCGUAUUUAAAUGUGAAAACCACUGGUCAUAUUUAAUUCAUGUUUUUAAGUUAUGAAUUCAGACGCUUACCAUAUUAAUUCAAGACAUACAUCAUACCCUGAAUAUUCCCUGCCACAUUGACGAUAGCAUAAUUUGGUGCUUUUUGACUGAAAAAAAUAAGCAAUUAGUACUAUGUCUAUUUUUCUCAAGAAAAUGUCAACACAACUAGGCAGCUAUUGUCAUGAUUUAGAAAUAAUGGGAAAGUAAGGUUUACAAACAUCCAUCCGGGAAAACACAUUACUGAAAAUAGUUGAUUCUAUUUUUCACUUUUCUAGGAGAUGCAGUUUUAGAAUAUUUUGAAAAAAUGCCCGUUUGUGUAAUCUUGUUUCUGAAAAUUUUCCAAUGGUUUAGAGCUUCAAUUUAGCUUGUCAGGUUGACCAUUUCGCCUCCAAUAUUUGGAGGUAAGUCCUCGUUACUUGUCUCCUUUCUGUUAUGACUCCUCAUGAUUCAGAUUGUCAAGUGAAGCUCUAUUUAUGCAUACCUAUGUCAUAUGUGAAUGAGUUUCAUAUAUUGUUGUGAUUGACGGGAAAAAAAGAACUGUGAUUAUUUGUUUCAUGUUUGGCAAUUCCAUGGGCAUGGGUAUUUUUCCAAAUCUAACAGGUGAGGUGUGGCAAUUAAGAAACUGUUGUACAGAUGGCAGACCCAGUGUGUUCAGGUAACGAGCAUUGUGCAGUGGUAAAUGAUUCAUUUCAUUAAUGUAGAUACACACCCAUACUGUAGUCAUGAUCACAUCAAUAAAACUUGAAACUUA